AUGCAUCAAGUCGAAUUCGAUACGAGCAACCUUCACGCGCUUACCUCCCGCACAGUGAUCAUCACUGGGGGCGCAGGCGGAAUUGGUGCAGCCACCGCAAAAGUGUUCAACGAACAUGGCGCCAAUGUUGUUAUCGCAGAUAUCCCUAGCUUCGAAGAGAAGGCCAAUCAGAUUAUCGCCUCGCUUCCUCACCCCUCGCAAGCUCUAUUCGUACCUGUGGAUAUCUUAAAUUGGGAGCAAAUGAUUACCUUGUUUAAACGCACGAUUCAAGUAUUCAGCGCUCUUCAUGUCGUGGUAGCCAAUGCCGGUACUAUGGAGUCAGCUGAGGUUUUGGAUUUAGACGAUGUGGACAGCGAUGGAAACCUACGCGAGUCCCAGGAGGCUUUUAAGGUUAUUGAUGUGAAUUUAAAGGGAACUUUGAACAGUAUGUCUACACGAGUCCAACCGGAACAUGAUACUUCAACUUCGGGUUACUUCGGAGGAACGGGAGUCUCUGCCUAUAUUUCCUCGAAGCACGGAGUGAUCGGAUUGCUACGAGGGUCUCAGCAAGCUGCAAGGAAAUAUGGCAUUUCGGUCAAAGCCAUUGCCCCUUUCUUCACUCCCACGCGUAUCACUGCUGGCUUUGCGGACAAAUGGAAAGAAGCUGGUCUUGAAGGAAACACCCCCGAGAUGGUGGGAACCGCAAUCGCUCAUUCUGCUAUGGACGACACUAAGAGUGGAAGUUGUAUCUUGGUCGCAGGAAAGUUCUUGAGAGAAGUAGAGUUUACAAGAACAAAUAUGAUGAGCCAGUGGCUGGGACAGGAUGUAGUUGACUUUAUGUAUAAGGCAUUUGGGUUUUUCACAAACAUAGGUGGGUAUCAGCUGCCAAAAAUCAGCAACUAG